CUGGAAUCCCCCUCAGGUGGCAAAGUGGGAGCUGGGUGACGUGAUGCUGUUGCAUUGGGAGCUUUUUAUUCCUGCGCAGCACUGAGGACUGUCCCGCUAUGCUGUCAACUCACCCCAUGAGAAGCAGGCCACAGAGAGGGCUUAAUUGGCCAGGCAGCCUUUAUUGCGCUGCUUCCUACAUAUAUUUUAAUAAUACAUUUCUAGCACAUAUAUAUACAUUCCUUUUUUUGUUACGAUAUGCAGCGUACCAUCACCUUUUUUUGGAAGCACUCUUUGCUUUCUUCCAGCACAGCCCCCAUCCGGCCCUGAGCACUCGCUUUUCGCCAGAUGGGAGUCUGCUCGGACACGCAGCAAUUAAAGGGGCCCCUGCGACCGCAUUUCGGCCCCGACCUCCCAGAAGAAGCACUAUCUAUCUAUCUAUCUAUCUAUCUAUCUAUCUAUCUAUCUAUCUAUCUAUCAUUCUUUGUACACAAGCUAUUCAUGCAUCGUGCAAUGAUGUUCGGGACCAGCAGGUUUCCAUGUGAUACAUAUUAUGAUAGCAGUUUGUUGGCGGUAAUCAGUGUGUCAGACGUAAAGUGUGUUGUAGUGUGGUGAGCCCUCUGCUAGUUGGCAUCGAGGGGUUCCCAGGAUCACAGUCACCUAACAAGACAACCCAGAAUAAAAUUCUUCUGUUUUUGCAGAGUAUUCAGACAUCCAGUAUUGCCAGCUUACUGCUAUUCAUUAAUGUCUGGAUGGUUGCAAAUAUGGUGACUGCAGGUGUCAGCCAGUGGGACGAAACCAUCUGUGACAUGGCUGUCUGCCAACACCCACAGUGCUGGGACACUAUAAGGAGGAUUGAACAGGGACAGCCUCGGAUCCGUUUAAGAAACUUUGACACACUCUGCAGGGUUUCUUCUUCAGAAAGCAAAGAUGAGUUACCAUCACUGAAGAUUGUAAACUUUCCCAGCAAUUGUUCUCCCCAAGAAAGGAUCAGAUGUUCCAAUUGUAACAGAACUAUUUCCUCCUUGGCUGCACUUGAGACCUCUUUUUCUCCUUCUCUGUAUGAAACUUCAGUCUAUGAUUUCUUUGAAAGAAAUUCUGAAGUCAGUUUAGAAAGAACUCAUUUCCCAGGACUGAACUCAGUGGCAGAGUCACGCGUGAUGCCACAGAGGGAGAUGAGCUUCACCUAUUUGAAUAAAGUUGGAAAUCUCCAAGUGAUCGAGCUCAGUGAGGCUGCUGCUCCCAAGCAGGACUAUUAUCCAGACAGUGGAAAUUUGAUUGUUAAAUGGAUCCCAAAUAUACACAAAAAAUCUCAGAGGCCUGAGGUGGAAGCAGUAACCAAACUAAAGCCUUUAAGAAGAGUAUGUGUUAAAGACCUUGUCUCUGAAAAUCUUUCUUCCCUCAAAGAACUGCAUAGAAAAGGAACGGAUCAUGACAUUGUGAGCUUCUUGAAGAAGAGAAAGAAAUCCAAGAAGGUCCCUUCGGGAGGCCAGCCCUAUCAUCUACGUAUAAACAAGAGCCAGAAAAUUAACUGGGUGACCAAAAAAAUAAAAUCAGUCCCAAGCCACGGAAGUGACAGUUCUGUAGCCAAAGAAGGGACAAUAAAGGAUAGUCAGAUAAAAAAGAGGCAUUCUUCCCCCCGACAGCUACAGACUGCUACAAUAGUGGAGUUGCAAAAUCGGGAUACCCUGCAGCUGGGAAACCGAAGAGUGGAUGUGUCUGAAGCUACAGCAAAGCAUCCUUUGCUUGUGCAGAAGAUUCCAGUCCUGAGUUUGAACGAACAAGGCCUGGAAAGAAUCAGUAACAGACCUUAUCUGAGGAAACCAUGUGAAGGCUCCUUAGGUGCGAGGGGCCCCGAGAGCAAAUCAGAACUGCAACCUGGCUAUGCAGCAGCAAGGCUGCUUGUACUCACCACCCAGUCGCUGGAGUCCUGCACACUAGAUGGCACAGAGAAAGCCACGUCAAGCAAAAGGCAACUGUCACAAAAACCACCCCUUCCGUCUGCAGAGCCGGAGUUGCAGGGAUGGGAAGGCCCGAGGAAGCAACAAGUGGGACUUGGGAAGAGAAGGUCUUCGGGGAUGUACGUGCCGUACAAGAGCACCCUGGUUCUUGAAGGUGUUGGAGAGAACGGGCCCUUGCUGCCCAGGCCAGAAUCCCGGUAUGGAAUGUACUGCAAGCAGCUAGCAAGCAGAAAGGAAGCAGCACAGGCACUGGGCUAUCUUCAGGGCAGGAGCAGCUGGCUGCAGUCAAGCCCAGCUGCUCUGACACUGGACAGUGAUAAAUAUGAAGAUGACUCUUACCCUAACCCUCCUCCCCCUCCCCCUUCUCCUUCCCCACUGAGGGAGUAUAGCAAGCUUUUCCCAGGCAGUGGGGGGCCGUUCCUCAGGGAGGACAGCCUUCUGAGCGCCUCCAGUGAGUGCUUAACCCUUCAGUAGCCAAAUGACCCUGCAGUGGGCGGUGAUUGUGCAGGAUGGGGCACGGUACAGUUGAUUCCAGGUGCUCUCCAGGAGGGCCUGCUGUUCCCAUCAGCAGCUGAGCCAAGAGACCGAGGCGGGUGAGCGAAGUAACCUGCCUGCUCCAGAGACAGGUUGAAUGCUCUGUGCUUGUAAUUAAAACCACGGCUUUCCAUCCUCCUGCCUGGGUGUC